UCAAAUCAAAUGUCAAUGUCAUACAAAACACAAAUAAAUAUUGUUUCAUGUAGUGUGUUCAAAGGUUUAAAAUACAUUAAUAUUUUGCUAGUGUUAAAUGACAUUAAAGGACAAUGGCAGAUGAUGAAGAAGUUGAAGAAGGCGAGGGUGUAGAAGCAAUUCAAAGUGGAACUGAAGUGAGUCCGGUUGAAACAGAGAAGCCACUAGCACCUGCAAAGUAUGAAGUACGUCCAGGACUUGGAGAAAAAUUCCAGGCUCAAAACGUGCGUGAUUUGAUCAACAGAACUAUGAAAGAGCAGUUAAUGGGCCGGCAGUACCGCUCUGACCAGGCGCCCAAGUGGGCCAAGAGUAUAGCUAAUGCAGUACGACAGAGAGUGCAAGAUCUUGACAUGAAAAGGUACAAAAUCCUAGUACAAUCAACAAUAAUAGAGAUGAAAGGUGCGGGAGUGAAGUGCGGGCAGCGGUGCAUCUGGGACCCUGAGACGGAUGCCUAUGUCGACGACUUGUUUAGAAACGAUACAAUGUUCUGUUAUACUAUUGUGUAUGGACUAUAUAUGUAUUGAUAUUUAAACAGUUUGGAACUUUAUUAGAGUAAAGAAAUAAAGUGAACUGAAUUAAUGUUAUUUA